GGGCUACAUGGUGGCUGAAAUGGCCCUGCUUAUUUGAGAAGUCUAUGGGAGAUGGCAAAUACAUAGUCUGGACUUAAGUCCCCUUUGCCAUUUUUCCCUAGUUGGCAUGUACUUGAAGACACUUUGCCUUUGCAGACUGAAACAAAAACUCCCCUACAAAUUCUAGACAGCGUACUCUCAUUUUCAUCCCUUUAGUCAUGCCUAUUUAUCUGCAAUCCCAUGCAGCAGAACAUCCACCUUCCCAGUAAUUCUGCAACUCAGUUGUUCAGAGGGCCAAGUGGGCUUUCCUGAUGAAGGCCACGAGUUUCCACAGGGUUCACACUGUUGAGUUUCCAGAGGCACUUGAAAAUCUGUCCUUUCAGGAAGGCCUCUGAUACUGCAAAGACCUUGCAGGACAGAUGAGACAGAAAAAGGAUGGCAGAGAAACAACGAAUUUCCCCAAAAAUUUCCCAUCUUAGUGGCAGAAUAGAGAUUAUAACACAAGUCUUUUGUAAACUCCUCCAGUAUAGAUCACCCACAAGGCCAGCUCUCACUGAAGUGUCUGUUAAUAGCCCAGACGGAUUAAUCGGGAUGGAAAGGGAACAUGCCUUGACGUGGAGCAGAUUAUUUGACUACUAACACUGUUAUUAUAGAGGGCCAGUACAAAAUGAAGGAGCAAUUCCCUAUUUGGGAGCUGUGCCUGUGAGAUUUAUUUGGUGUAGGUCUAGGGAAAAAUGUCACACCUCUUCUGCUGCAGUGCCUCAAAGUCAAAGCGGUGUGCAGUUCCCACUCUUCCUCCCUCCCGGGACAUACACAGUGUGUUAUAGGGUAAGCAUGAAAUUAGGCUGGAGACUUCACACGGACCUAAGAACAAGAAAAUACAAUUGGGGAUAUGGCUGCCUAAGCCCUUAGGUCUUUGUGGAGAACCCAGCCUUACAGCACAAUUCAUGCAGCAGCAAGUUACGGGGAAUUGCCCCAGCUUGGCACUCACAGAACUUGGGAGAAGGACACAGCCCCCCACCUCUCAGCUUGUGUUUAUACUCUGUGAGGGUGUUUCUCAUCAGUCAAGACCACACCCAGACGUUAGCAAGUCUACCUGGCCACAGAUGCUGCUGGCAGGCUGCAGCCAUCUCCUGCUGGCCAAGGGGCUGGAGGCUGCAGCAGCACGGAGCAGAGCCAGCAAGUGCCUACGGGAAAGGCCAGCUCCCCUGCUGGGGAUAUUUGCUUCAGUACCCAGACCUCUGAGCUAGGCAGUCCCAACGCCCUUGAGCCAUCACUGUGCAAUCCUUGCCAGCUUUUUGGCUGAAAAGUCGUGGCAAGAAGAAACAUUCUUUGAAGAGGGGGGAAAUAUUCCAGUGGUGGCAGAGUUGUUGAGAUUGUCCUGGUUUAUUUCCACGUCGUUUAAUUUUGGCCGUGAGUUUUCCCUGUGUAUGUGUUUAUAUGCAGGAGUUAUUCCAGGAUAAAAGGUUUCUUUAAGGGGUGUAUAGCUGGAGUAUAUUGUGCACAACCUGGGUACGGCCUACCUGUUCAGGGGGUGUAAAUCAUUACAGCUCCACAGAUGUUCUCAUGUAACAGAGAAAAACCUACUUCCUCCUCUUGACCCAGUUAUUCUCUUCCUCAUUUGAGCCACCCCAACACCCCCAGGUUUUAAGAGAUUAAUCACUGCCUUUAUCAGGGAAAAGGAAAGCUCUUUCUUUCCAGUCCUACAAAACAACAAUGCUGCAUCUCCCUGCUUCUCCCACACACAUUGCAAGCAGUUUCCUGAGCAUCCAGGAUAGCAAACUUGUGUCUCCUCAAAGGACACACUUCUCAGCCUGUUGAGCACUUCUUGGCCCUGCAGUGUGGCUACUUACCAUCAGCUGGGACUUACUACUAGUAAGAAACAAAAAAAGCACCUAUGAAAUGCUGCAGAGAAGGGCAGACAAAGAACAUGGCCAAUUACCAUCAUUUGUAAUUCUCUAUUCUAUUGUAAAUACAUCUUGUACAUACAUGGAUGUUUUCAUUAUUUACUGUCUUUAUGGAUUAUAUGUUAAAUGAGAUGCUCUUAGUUUAUUGUGUAACACUGUAAAUAACACAACGUCCUUUAUUAUUUAUGCAUAGGCAUCUAACACGCAGAGAAAGUUAUCCUCAUAUUAUUUUAAGAUAUAUGUCAAAAAUAUGUUGCAUUUUUCCUUUUGCUUUGAAAAAAUUGUAAUAUAUCCUCUUUUUCCCCUCUUUUCCUUUAAAAAAAAGAAUGCUAAUUUAUUGUUCAGGAGAGAAAGGGGAUGUAACUGAAAGGCAAACUGUUCAAAGAACAUGCUAUGGAAGCCACAAGCUACUGAUAAACUAAAGAAUUUAUUACCCCAAAUACAGCAAUAAGUAAUUGUUGAUUUAUUAAGGUUUUGUUAUUCAUUUUCAGUAAAAGAGGUGCUGGAUUAAA